AUGGCGGCGCCCAGCACUGAGGGGCCUGCUCAGUACUGCCUGGUGAGCCGCGUCCCGGCCGCGCUGCGCUCCCCGCAGCUCCGCGCCUACUUCAGCCAGUUCCUGGAGGCUGGCGGCUUCCUCUGCUUCCACUACCGGCACCGGCCCGAGCGCGCCGCCCCCGCGGGGCAAGGCCCGGCGCCGCCGCCGCCCACCUGCUGCUGCCUGGUGGCGGUGCGGCCCGGCCAGGCCGCCCGCCUGGUGCGCAUGUACUCGGGCCGGCGCUGGCUGGGCCCCCGCGGCGAGGCGCUGCCCGGCCGCUGCCUCAUCCGCAGGGUCCGAGUCGCCCCGGACGCAGACGUGGACACAUUCACCUACAAAACUAAAAAGGAACUUCAGAGUAAAACCCAGAGCGAAACUUUCACCCAGACUGACUUAAAGUGGCUGCCUGAGCUGAACCCUCCUGCGUUCAUGCCCCAAGGCAAUGUGGGAACCCCUUUGAGUGUCUUCCUGGAGCUGAUCAGGACCUGCAGGCUGCCACCCCGAGUUAUCAAGAAACUGCAGCUGAACUUCCCCAAAACAGGCUCCUCUCGUCGCUAUGGGAAUGUGCCCUUCAAAUACCAGGACACUGAGACUUUUGCACAAGAGCUGGUCUAUACAGCUGCGGGUGAUGAGAUCACAGAGGAAAGUGAGCCUGUGAUAAGCUCUGGGGUGUCGGAUCAAACGCAUGAUGAUGAUGAUGACGGCAUUGGGGAAAGAUCAGGAAAGGAAAAAUCAGAAGAGUCUCACUCGGACGAUGACGACGACCGGUGCGAGGAGUGGGAGCGGCACGAAGCACUGCAUGAGGAUGUGACCAAGCAGGAGCGUGCAGAGGAGCGGCUGUACGAAGAGGAGAUUGAGCUGAAGUGGGAAAAGGGGGGCUCGGGGCUGGUCUUCUACACCGAUGCCCAGUACUGGCAGGAAGAGAAAGGAGACUUUGAUGAGCAGACAGCAGAUGACUGGGAUGUGGACAUGAGCAUCUACUAUGACCAAGAUGGAGGUGAUAAAGAUGCUCGGGACUUGAUGCAGAUGAGGCUUGAGCAGAGGCUGCGGGACGGCUUGGAGGAUGAGUCCAUUGCAGGGCAACGGAUUGGGACCUUUGAGAAGUAUACCAAGGGGAUUGGCCGGAAGGUGCUAGAGAGGCAGGGCUGGAUGGAGGGCCAGGGCCUGGGCAGCAGCACCUCGGGAAUGGCAGAAGCACUGGACAACGAGGGUCAGAAUCCCAGGUGCAAGAGAGGAUUGGGGUACCACGGGGAGAAACUGCAGACUUUCAGCAAGGCAAAGAAACCUCGCCCAGACAGCCACAUCCUCAUCUCAACGGUGUAUGACGAGCCACAGCCCCAGGACACCUGGGAUGAGCUAUUCAGAUGCCAGCCACCCACUGCCAUGAAGUACAGACGGGACAUGGCAUUUGUCCGAGAGACGCACAGUGCUCAGAAGAGCCCUGGCGCCUCUUGAGAGCAACCACUGAAUAGAGACUUUGAGACUCCCUUCAUGUAGCAAUAACAACCUUUUUGUACCUGGACACCAGCUUCUGCCUGGUCUGCACCAAAGCAAACUACCAGACUUUUAACAGAAGUGUGUGUCUGUAUGUGUGUGAAAAGUGUCUAUGUGGAACCAGGGAAAGUGUUCCUGUUACCCAGCUGAGCUCUCUGACCUUUUCUGUUCAGCCUGGGGUUGUUUCUGACUUGUGCCUUUGCAUCAGCAUUCAGGACUGCUGUGUGGAGCAGCCGGUGGGCUUGUUAAGGUUCCUGGAAUGAGAUGGCAGUAGACAAAGGACCUGAACCCAAAUCUUUAGCCACAAGCUGAUUAUUUUUCUUUUGAUAUCCCAGAAAGAAACUAGUACAGACAAGGCCACCUAAGCACAGUAAGCUUCUGGAGGACUGUUGCAACAUAGUGUGCUCAACAUAACCUUCACUGGAGCAAACAUCCCUUUUUUUAAACUUUGCUAUUUCUAUUGUUGAAGACAAACUGCUUUUGAGAGGAGCGAGGCUCCUUUCACAGUGAGAACUAGCUUUGCUCCCUACCUGGACAGCACCUGCUGAGACUCACUUUACACAGCUGUGCAGGUAUGGACAAGGCUCUGCCCUCUCCCCUGUGUCUAGUGCUGCAGCUUCUCUUCCACCAAGAGCCCCCCUAAUCUGCUGCUUGUGGCUCUGGUCUCUAGCAUUAAGAACUAAUCACCAGCAGCAUCUACCUAGGAAGGCUGUAGCCUGUGCCUGUUGAGUUGCUAUCUCCUUUUCACUAGCUCCAGCUGCUGUGAGUGGGGCUAUGCCUAUUUAUUUAAUUUUCCCUUAUUCCAGUGCCAUUUCCAGAGUCAACCAGCACUUUAGAGCAUAAGAAUUGCCAGUUACUGGGUUGGGCUAUCUGUCCACCUUGCCUGGUUUCCUGUGUCACACAGAGCAGAGGCUGGAAGGGAGGGUGACCUGGGUCUGACCAGGAUUAUUCCUCCUGUUCCUCUCUCACUUGCAGCCUCCAGCAUUUAAGGUCUACAAAGUUUUGAAUCAGAGUCCAGUGCUCUAGGGGCCAUUCUCCCAUUUAACCUGUGUGACAGGAGGAGCUGGUCUCUGCUCCCCGGCCCCGGGUAUUGCUCUGCUCUAAAUAAAUAGGUUUAUCAAAAACUA